AUGAAGCCUUCAUCAUUUCUCUGCGCCCUUGGCAUCACGCAACUGAGCUUGGCGGCUCCCGUUCCGUCAACUAUCUCAGAUAUGGUGUCUGUCGUGAGGACCGAGGCACGCCGUCUAACGAGGGUAUCACGCGUGUCCUUACACCGCACACGGCCCUUGACUGCCGUCUAUGAUAGCGAAACCGAAUUCGAUAACGAGCCAGUAUCACCAUCCGAGGACAUGCCCCCGUCAGUCGUCCUCGCCGCACCCCGGCCGCUGACGACGGUCUACCUCCAGUCCCUGUCGAAGCACCCGGCAUCUCGUGGCAAAGACAGAGUGGUGGACGUGGUGGGCGACGGGACCCCCGAGAAAAUCACGCCAAUGUCGCUCAAGGACGGAUUGGCGGAGAUGCUGCCCACUAGUCUUUCGCAGUGCUGGGAACAUAUCUCCCGGCCGAUGACGCGAGUCUUUGAGCAGCAUCCCGAUCUCAUUGUCCUCGGCGCCGUCAUAGCUCUGGUUCUUGUCCUUUUGGUGCUGGAAUUUAUCGGUACUACCUUCCAAGGCGUACGCCAGCACUAUGACCCGCAAGGGGUGAUCCGCUUGGAGGUGGACGAGAAGGCGUUCAAGACACCAUCGUUUCGAUGUGACUCGGUACCUAUUUACGACGAGGAACAGGGUGCCGAGGAACCGAGACCGUGA